AUGUCUCCAAUGCCUUGGGUAUGUAGAGCAUGCCGCUCAUCAUUAGGCCAACAACGCAUGACAAGAACAACAUCAUCGAACAGCCGCCGUUACCUUACAACCCAAUCAAAGUACUUCCGGAUCUCUGAAGAAGUGCAACAAGCACUCCACGAAAGAAAGCCAGUCGUGGCACUAGAAAGCACCAUCUACACCCAUGGGUGGCCGUACCCUGACAAUCUGGCUCUCUCGACACGGCUGGAGACUCUAGUGCGUAUCAAUGGUGGCGUGCCGGCAACCGUUGGCAUUCUUGAAGGUGUCGCUCGGGUAGGUCUUGGCGCUGAUGAGAUGGUCAGACUGCUAUCUGCAUCCAAGGAUCCUAACAUGCGCAAGAUCUCACGAAGAGACAUUGCCUUUGCCUUGGGUAUGAAAGAUGCCGAAGGCAGACCAUUCAAUGGCGGCACAACGAUAUCCGGAACCAUGGUCUUGGCACAUGCUGCGGGCAUCAAGGUCUUCGCCACUGGUGGUCUUGGUGGUGUUCAUCGUGGGGCAGAGCAGACUAUGGACAUAUCUGCUGAUCUCACAGAGCUUGGUCGAACGCCGGUGGCGGUGAUAAGCUCCGGGUGCAAGUCGUUCUUAGACAUCCCGAAGACAUUGGAGUACUUAGAGACGCAGGGUGUGGCAGUCGCUACGUUUGCUGACGGAAGGAGUGGUAAAGUCGAUUUCCCUGCGUUCUACACCAGAGAGAGUGGCGUGAAGAGCCCGAUGGUGGUCAAAGACGAGCUUGAGGCAGCAAGAGUGAUCUGGGCGCAGCAUGUGCUUGGUCUACAGUCCGGUCUGCACUUUGCAAACCCGAUUCCUGAAAAUUCCUCCUUGCCGUUCAAGGAUAUGGAACUGGCCAUCGCCCAGGCAAUACAGAACGCUCGUGCUGCUGGUGCGACUGGUAGUGCUGAGACUCCUUACGUACUCUCGAAGAUCAAGGAGAUUACCGGUGACAAGAGUGUGGAAGCUAAUCGCGCCUUGGUCGAGAACAAUGUCAUUCGGGGUACCAAAGUAGCGGUGGCUCUUCAGAAGCUUGAGCAGGAGGAAGGUAUUGAAAGUGAUAUUACGAGGACCAAGAGAUACGACGUCGAAGAACCGUACAAUCGUUCCAUGGUCGGUCCUGCCGCUGCAAUGUACACCCAAGAAGGCGUGCCGAAAGCGUACGGGAACACACAAAUAUCAGAGAAGCUUGCAGCUGAAGCGCAGCAACUUGAGUCUGAGCCAAAGAGAAACGAUGCGCAAGAUCACAUCUCCUCGGCCGGAGAGACAGCUGACGUCUUUGUCGCCGGUAGCCUAGCAGUUGAUCUUGCCUGCGACUACAGUCCCUGUACAGGCUCCUUCUACAGUUCACCCGAGCUGCAGACCUCGAAUCCUGCACAGAUAGCACAGUCGCUCGGCGGUGUCGGACAUAACAUGGCUCGUGCAGCCCAUCUCAUGGGCGCGAGCGUUCGUCUGUGCAGCGCAGUCGGGGAUGACCUCACUGGUAAAGCUGCUCUCGAAGCGCUCGCUGAAGCAGAUGUGUCAACGACUGGUAUCAAGACUCUCUCACCUGAAAGCGGCAGCCGCACAGCACAAUACGUCGCCAUCAACGAUGCCAACAAGGAUCUCGUCCUAGCUAUGGCCGACAUGAGUAUUCUCGAGACACCUUCCGCCUCUGAUAGCACCAUCUCCUCAACCUUCGACGACUUCUGGCUACCCCAGCUCAAGCAAGCACACCCAUCCCACCUCGCCAUCGAUGGCAACUGGCCACCUGAACACCUCGCCCGCUGGCUUCAAGCCGGCAAGGAGACCAAUUCCCUCAUCCUCUUCGAACCCGUUAGCAGAGUUAAGAGCACCAACCUCUUCCGCUUGCCCAAACCACACACCCUCUCCACAUUCCCCAAUCACGCCGUGCACAUCGCAACACCCAACUCCCACGAGCUGAAUGCAAUGUACACCGCCGCUCGCGAAGCUUUCGGCCUCGAGCGCAAAGACUGGUGGGAAGUGAUCGAUGCAUUCGGAAUUCCUCACACGGGAGCACGAGUACAGAUGGCGCUCGCGACGAGCGGAAACUUAGUCGAUGAGGGGAUCCCACAGCAGAGUAUCCAGCUGCUCCCCUUCAUCCCCUGCAUCUUAACAAAACUCGGGCCCGAAGGCGUCCUCCUCACUCAAAUCCUCCUAGCAGGCGACGAGCGACUCACAAGCGGCGAGUACGCUCCCUACAUCUUGUCUCGAUGCGUCAAUGAGACGGUGAGCACGAUUGGGGUGGGUGGGGUGUAUAUGAGACUCUUUCCACCUGUGGAGGAAGUGAAGGCGGAGGAUGUGGUGAGUGUUAAUGGGGUGGGGGAUACGUUUGCGGGUACACUGUUGGCUGGGUUGGCGCAGAGGGGUGAGGGGGCGAGGGUGGAGGAUUUGGUGGAUCUGGCGCAGCGGGCGGCGGUGUUGACGUUGAAGAGUAAGGAGAGUGUUAGUCCUGGGUUGGGGACGAUGCGAUUGUUGUUGUAG